UGAUAUUAAACUGACUUGUGCCUUUUAUUUUUCCAUUCCUUAUACUCCAACAUUUUAUAUUUUAUUAGGUGAAGAACCACCAAUGAAAAAAAGGCGCCUUUGGAAAGAAAAUCCUAAGGAAGCAUCUGUUAUUCAAGGUUUGAGUAAUAAAGAUCAGAAGGUCCCCGUGUCAGAAUCAGAGUUCAAAAGGGUGCGCGAGUAUCAUAAAUUAUAUGUAGACAAAACGGAAUGGUUAACUCGGCUUGAGUUAAAUAGUGGUCAAUAUUUCGUAUCACGGCCUCGAAAAUUUGGCAAAUCGAUGUUUCUCUCAAUGGUUGAAUCUUUCUACUUGGUUCAAUAUAAUCUCUUUGAGAAUCUGUACAUACGAGAUCAUCCACCAAACAUUUUUAUCAAUAAUAAAGCAGAGAGAUGGAAUGAGAACUUGCCUCCGAUACCAGUCAUCAGGCUUGACUUUUCUUUGUUAACAUCAGAUGAAGGACCCGAAGUGUUAAAAAAGGACUUGAUUCGAGUUUUACAAUCGGUUGGAGAGCAAUAUGGCAUCGACACCGUGAAUGAUAAUGUUAAGAGUGCCACUUUUAAAUUAAUUAAGUCAAUAGCUGACGAUAAUGAAAAUAAGUAUAGACAAGUGGUAAUACUCAUAGACGAAUAUGAUUCACCACUGUUAAAUGUCAUCGGUAUCACGAAAGAGAACACAAAAUUUGCAAAUGACAGCCACGGCGUACUAAAGAGUUUUUUUGAAGUAAUUAAGGCACUGCAAAGUAAAGUUAAAUUACUUCUCGUUACGGGUGUAACAAUGUUUGCACAUUUAGGUUUAUUUUCAGGAUUAAAUAACCUUAAGGACGUGACAUUAAGUAAUGAAUUAUCUGGGGCAUACGGUUUCACAAGUGAUGAGAUAACAAAAGUGUUUGGAGACAAACUAUUAAAUCUCGGCAAAUCAGAUCGCUAUAAUGAUGUGCAAGAUGUUAUGAAUAAACUUCAGAAAAAAUACAAUGGUUAUUCCUGGGACGGCAACAUUAAAGUAUAUAACCCAUAUAGCAUUUGCAGUUUUUUUGAGAAUUUUGAAUAUGAAAACUUUUGGAUUCAAAAAGGGAAAACCAAAUUUUUAGCUAGAUUGAUUAAUAUGGAACAUGUCAAGAAUAUCGUAGAUGAAAUCACAAUAAAAAAAAGAUUAAUUGUACCUGUUGAUGUUGACGACAUACAAAAAUCAUCCGAUCUUCCCGUGUCAUUACUAUUCCAAACUGGUUAUUUGACUAUUAAGCAACAGAAAACAGAUGAUGAUGGUGAACAAUGUUUGGUUCUCGAGAUUCCAAAUGCCGAAGUGAAAGAGUCCCUUAUGAGCGAGCUCUGGGCUAGUUUAUAUAAGACUUCAAUAGAAAUUGCAUGCAAACGAAUUGGACUACUCGCAAAACUUCUUAAGGAUGAUAAAAUAAUAGCAUUUUUGAAAGAGUUUAAUAACGAUUUAGCCUCCAUUCCCUAUUUUGAAAGCCAACAUGCAGGAAAAUACGAAGGAUAUUACCAUUCACACAUUCAUAUGUUAGUUCGUUAUAUCGGACUGCCAUUUCGAAGUGAAGAUGCUACAAGUGAAGGUCGAACCGAUAUGUGGAUAGAAACGCGGAAUAUAAUUUACUACUUUGAAUUCAAACGAUAUGAUCCUGAUAAAAAAAAUCAAGUAAUCAUGAGCUUAGUCGAAGAGGCAAUCAAUCAAAUAUUUGAAACAAAAUAUUAUAUUGGUCAUACAGAUCCAGAAUCCUAUGACAAGACGAGAUAUGCUAUUGGGUGUGUUUGUUCAACGGGAACUCGUAAAAUCUGUGGAGUUGGAAUUCAAGAAUUCACUUAUAGAUCAAAUAGGCUUGAAAAAAAGGAAUUACAAAAUUUUUUAGAUGGAUUUCA